CCGAUAGUUGACAUUUCAAUCCAAUACUAUCGAUGCUCGUUCCUCAGAAAAUCUUUCAUAGUUAAUAAAUUAUAAGAUAUCUAUUUUUAAAAGUAGUUUUCUUAUUCUGAGGAAAAAUAUUGAAUUUAUUUUUAAGUUUAUCAAACAUCCAAACAAUCAAUGCUGAAUCCAAAUUUUAAGCAUUAAAUUUAAUAGCAAACAGCUGUUACACCGGUGUCAAUCUUCAAUUGAAGGCGUAGGAUCGUAGGAUGACGCUUGCUGAAUUUCAACAAUAACGUGUUGUGUUUUUGGUUAGAUGAGUAACUACUGAUUUAUUAUUUUUGUCAAAUACCUAAAAAUGUCGUCUUCCGGUGAUGUUCAAAUGUUAAUAGAGAUGGGAUUUACCAAAGAUAAAGCGGAGAAGGCUUUGUCAGUAACUGGAAAUCAAGGCGUUGAACCAGCCAUGGAAUGGCUUCUUGCUCAUGGAGAUGAAAUCUCCGCCAACAAUACAACCGAAUCAGGAGAUCAAAGCAGCUCCAACGCACAACUAGGAAAUACAUCUUCAGCUCCUGAAAUUGAAUCGGCUGCCGAACAAGUUGCUAAAUCAUUGAAAUGCAAUGAGUGCGGAAAGCUCUUUUCAACACAGCUGGAAGUGGAAUUCCAUGCUACGAAAUCCGGGCACAGUGACUUCAGCGAAUCCACAGAAGAGAAGAAGCCGUUAACAGAGGAGGAGAAAGUGGAACAACUGAAAAAAUUGGAAGAGAAGAUGCGACAAAAGCGAAAAGAACGAGAAGAACAGGAGAAACAGGAGGCGAUAGAACGAGAGAGGAAUCGCAUCCGAUCAGGAAAAGAAAUGGCAGCUGCAAAGAAAAAAUUGGAGGAUGAAGAGAUCAAGAAAAUAGUGGAGCAGCGAAGACGAGAAAAAGAAGAGGACAGAUUAGCUAAGGAGAGGGUAAGACAACAAAUCGAGCAAGACAAGUUGGAACGAAGGAAAAAGUUUGAAGGAGCAACUGCCGAAACUAAAGCACCCGCUGCUGCUGCGGUCCCGGCUGCCAGUCCGGUCAGCCCUCAACCUUCUAAAGACUAUACACAAACCAGGCUGCAGAUACGUCUAACAAAUGGCUCUGCUCUAACGCAAACAUUUGGCUCAAAGGAACAACUUUCAGCUGUUAGGCUUUUCAUUGAUCUAAAUAGGAAAGAUGGAUCAAGGGAAUUUUCUCUAAUGACAAACUUCCCUAAGAAAGUUUUCACCGAAGACGAUUAUGAUAAACCUCUCGAUGCAUUAGGCCUAGUUCCAUCUGCAGUUCUCAUACUGACAAACAAAUAAUGAUGUAGCUUCCUCGAGUCAAUUCAACUUCUGCGUCAUUUUACACAUAUCUUUUCUUCAUUAUCCAUAUUUUAUGAUUUAUCAGUUGAUAAAACGUUUUUAUUUAUA